AUUCUCGUCCGGCGCUCGCGCAGCCCGGAUCGAUUUGAAAACCGAACUAGUAUUUUUCGAAUAUAUUCAUUUUUGAAAUUCGAAAAUCAACGACUGGAUAGGCCACUGACUGUUUAAAUUGGAUUAAGUCGACUGCGCGAAACGCGAGUGCUUGUGAAAAUGUGUGAACAGUGUGUACAACGCUAGAAUUGGAUGUUUGUGCGUUUUCGACGCAUGUGUUAUGCAUUUCAAGAGGAAUGUUUCCUCGUUAAUAAUUUCUGUUAGUUGAGGCAACUAACCGGAUACCAAGAUGGCGGAAGCGGAGGGGGGAGCGAGCGAACAAGAUGAUGUUUCAUUCUUGCGUACGGAAGACAUGGUAUGUCUUUCGUGCACAGCUACUGGUGAGAGGGUGUGCUUGGCUGCUGAAGGUUUCGGCAACAGGCACUGCUUCCUUGAGAAUAUAGCAGAUAAAAACAUACCACCGGACCUCUCGCAGUGCGUCUUUGUUAUUGAACAGGCUCUGUCGGUGCGAGCGCUACAGGAGCUCGUUACUGCCGCUGGAUCUGAAACGGGUAAAGGCACUGGCUCUGGACACAGAACGUUACUUUACGGCAAUGCUAUUUUAUUGAGGCACUUAAACAGUGAUAUGUAUCUCGCAUGUCUGUCUACGUCGUCGUCCCAAGAUAAGCUGGCUUUUGAUGUAGGUCUGCAGGAACAUUCGCAAGGGGAAGCUUGUUGGUGGACUCUACAUCCAGCCAGUAAACAGAGAUCUGAAGGUGAAAAGGUCCGAGUAGGAGACGACUUGAUUUUAGUAUCAGUUGCUACAGAAAGAUACUUGCACACGACGAAAGAGAACGAGGUGUCUAUAGUAAAUGCGUCAUUCCACGUGACUCACUGGUCGGUGCAACCGUAUGGUACUGGUAUAUCACGUAUGAAGUAUGUUGGAUACGUGUUUGGAGGUGACGUGCUGAGGUUCUUCCACGGCGGUGAUGAGUGCCUUACUAUACCGAGUACUUGGGCACGCGAGGGUGGACAAAAUAUCGUGGUAUACGAAGGUGGUUCGGUGAUGUCUCAGGCUCGAUCCCUGUGGCGGCUAGAGUUAGCGCGAACUAAGUGGGCGGGCGGAUUCAUCAACUGGUAUCACCCAAUGCGUAUCCGACAUAUUACCACCGGACGAUACCUGGGAGUCAAUGACCAGAACGAGCUCUAUUUAGUCAGCAGGGAGGAAGCCACGACGGCAUCUUGUGCGUUCUGUUUACGCCAGGAGAAAGAUGAUCAGAAAGUUGUAUUGGAGGACAAAGAUUUGGAGGUUAUAGGCGCUCCUAUCAUCAAAUACGGUGACUCAACGGUCAUCGUUCAACACUCUGAGACAGGCCUGUGGUUGUCUUACAAGUCAUAUGAAACGAAGAAGAAGGGCGUGGGCAAAGUGGAAGAGAAACAAGCUAUUUUACACGAAGAAGGAAAGAUGGACGACGGCCUUGACUUCUCUCGCUCACAAGAAGAGGAGUCUCGCACCGCUAGGGUCAUCAGGAAAUGCUCCUCGCUCUUCACUAAGUUCAUAAAUGGUUUGGAAACGCUGCAAGAAAACAGACGUCACUCCAUGUUCUUCGCGUCGGUGAAUCUCAACGAAAUGGUUAUGUGCUUGGAAGAUCUAAUAAAUUACUUUGCACAACCUGACGAGGAUAUGGAACAUGAGGAAAAACAGAACAAGUUCCGCGCCCUCCGAAACCGCCAAGACUUGUUCCAAGAGGAAGGUAUCCUGAAUUUAAUUCUAGAAGCCAUAGACAAGAUCAAUGUCAUCACCUCCCAGGGUUUCCUCGCCGGUUUCCUGGCGGGGGAUGAGUCGGGACAGAGUUGGGACAUGAUAUCUGGUUACCUGUAUCAGUUGCUUGCGGCGAUCAUUAAAGGCAACCACACGAAUUGCGCCCAGUUCGCUAAUUCGAAUCGUCUGAACUGGCUGUUCUCACGUCUUGGCUCGCAAGCGUCCGGCGAGGGUACUGGAAUGUUGGAUGUGCUUCAUUGCGUGCUUAUAGACUCGCCUGAAGCUCUCAACAUGAUGAGAGACGAACACAUAAAAGUAAUCAUUUCCCUUCUGGAGAAGCACGGGCGAGAUCCUAAAGUUCUGGACGUGUUAUGUUCCUUGUGCGUCGGUAACGGAGUUGCAGUGAGAUCAUCUCAGAACAAUAUAUGCGACUACUUAUUGCCGGGCAAGAAUUUGCUGCUACAAACCCAACUAGUGGACCACGUUUCGAGCGUUCGCCCGAAUAUCUUCGUGGGGAGAGUAGAGGGGUCAGCGGUGUACCAGAAGUGGUAUUUUGAGGUAACGAUGGACCACAUCGAGAAGACCACGCAUAUGAUGCCACAUCUCCGCAUAGGAUGGGCUAACACUUCGGGAUACGUUCCGUACCCUGGCGGAGGUGAGAAGUGGGGUGGUAAUGGCGUCGGUGAUGACUUAUACUCGUUUGGCUUUGAUGGCGCGUUCUUGUGGGCGGGAGGUAGGAAAACUGCCGUAAAUAGGACGCAUGCUGAAGAACCUUACAUCAGAAAAGGUGACGUCAUCGGUUGCGCACUCGACUUGACAGUGCCAAUUAUCAACUUUAUGUUCAACGGAGUAAGGGUCACGGGAUCCUUCACCAAUUUCAACUUGGAGGGCAUGUUCUUUCCUGUUAUCAGCUGCUCCAGUAAACUGAGUUGUCGCUUCCUCCUCGGCGGAGAGCAUGGACGUUUACGAUACGCGGCUCCAGAAGGAUACUCUCCUUUAGUAGAGUCCCUUCUGCCUCAGCAGAUCCUGAACCUGGAGCCUUGUUUUUACUUCGGUAAUCUCUCCAAGAGAGCCUUAGCUGGUCCUCCAUUAGUACAAGACGAUACAGCAUUCGUGCCCACACCAGUUGACACUUUGCAGAUCACACUGCCAUCAUACGUGGAACAAAUCAGGGAUAAAUUGGCUGAGAACAUCCACGAAAUGUGGGCGAUGAAUAAGAUUGAAGCCGGAUGGAUGUAUGGCGAUCAGCGUGAAGAUCUACAUAAGAUCCACCCGUGUUUGGUUCCGUUUGAACGAUUGCCUGCCGCCGAGAAGAGAUACGACAUACAACUCGCCGUACAAACUCUCAAGACCAUCUUAGCUCUGGGCUACUAUAUCAGUUUGGACAAGCCACCAGCGCGCAUUCGUAACGUACGCCUGCCCAACGAGCCGUUCAUGCAAUCGAACGGAUACAAGCCAGCACCGUUAGACCUGAGUGCUGUCACCCUAACACCGAAGAUGGAUGAGCUGGUGGACCAGCUCGCGGAGAACACUCACAAUCUUUGGGCAAGGGAACGCAUUCAGCAAGGAUGGACUUAUGGUCUUAACGAGGACCCGGAAAUGCAUCGGUCUCCACACUUGGUGCCGUAUCCGAAAGUGGAUGAUGCCAUAAAGAAAGCGAAUAGAGAUACAGCAUCUGAAACCGUACGGACUUUAUUGGUGUACGGAUACAAUUUGGAUCCGCCAACCGGGGAACAACAUGAAGCGCUAUUGGCCGAAGCAUCAAAGCAGAAGCAAGCCGACUUCAGAACGUACAGAGCAGAGAAAAACUACGCAGUCAGUUCGGGGAAAUGGUACUUCGAAUUCGAGAUCCUCACUACUGGUCCAAUGAGAGUUGGCUGGGCUCAUGCAGAUAUGGCACCAGGAAUGAUGCUCGGCCAAGAUGAGAAUUCGUGGGCUUUCGAUGGAUAUAAUGAGGAAAAAGUGUACAGCGGUAGCACAGAGUCAUUCGGCAAGCAGUGGGCGGUCGGAGAUGUUGUUGGAGUCUUCCUAGACUUGAUAGAUAAGACGAUAAGUUUCUCUCUGAAUGGCGAGCUAUUAAUGGAUGCACUUGGUGGAGAAACGACGUUCGCUGAUGUGCAAGGGGAUAAUUUUGUACCUGCCUGUACUCUUGGUGUGGGGCAAAAAGCUAGAUUAACAUACGGUCAAGAUGUGAACACUCUGAAAUACUUCACAACGUGUGGUCUUCAAGAAGGAUAUGAACCGUUUUGUGUAAAUAUGAAGAGAGAUGUGACUCACUGGUAUACUAAGGAUCAACCCAUUUUCGAGAAUACCGAUGAAAUGCUAGAUACUAGGAUAGACGUCACCAGGAUACCAGCAGGCUCAGAUACACCACCGUGUAUGAAAAUAUCACAUAACACAUUCGAGACCAUGGAGAAAGCCAACUGGGAGUUCCUUCGUCUUUCACUACCUGUAAUAUGUCAUGCUGAAUUCAUUGGCGAACAAGAAAAGGCUAGACGAUGGGUAGAAAUUAAAGAAAGACAACAGAUGCUUAUGAAAGAAGCGACUGAAGCACAAAUGCCGGCCCACAUAGAUCAAAUAAUGAGAAGUGGAUUCACCAUGAACGAUAUUAAAGGUCUCCACUACGAAGAUAACCAAGAUGAUGUAAGCAAGAUGAAGAGACAACCAUCGCGACCACCGAGAAAGCCAUCUCUUACAAGAGGUGUAACCUUACAGAAUUACGGACAAGGUCAAGUAAAUGGAAUGCACCGUUCAACCAGUGAGGCAGAGAUGGCAAAGUACGAAUUGGGAGUACAGAGCAUUGCCGAUGAGAAGAAGGACAAAAGAGGAAGAUCUCCAUUUAAAUUCUUCAAAAGCAAACGCGGCGAGAGCGGGGACCGUAGCAAGUCGAGGAAAUCCAAAACCCCUGACCCCUUCAGUGAUACCGAGGUCUCACCAGACCGAGGACCUUUACCGCGAAGACCCAACCCACAGAUAAGAGUCUCACAGGCGAAUCAGAGUUAUAACAGCAUGCUACCCAGAACUAGCAAACCAAAUUUGUACGGAAGCCAAGCGGGCUUGAACACGAACCAGCAGAUGGCGACACCGACUCAAGACCGUAAACAGAUGACGACUAGCACUCUAGCCGCGGCCACUACAGAGACUGUUGGUAAUGAAAUAUUCGACGCUGAAUGUCUGAAACUGAUCAACGAAUACUUCUAUGGAGUCAGGAUAUUUCCCGGUCAAGAUCCAACUCAUGUGUACAUCGGAUGGGUGACGACGCAAUACCAUUUGCAUUCAAAAGACUUCAAUCAGAACAAGGUGAUGAAGUCAUCUGUCAUCAUCACCGAUGACUACGACAGAGUCGUAGAGAGCGUGAACAGACAGUCGUGCUAUAUGGUGCGAGCAGACGAGCUAUACAACGAAGUUAUGGCGGAAGCUGCAGGAGCUAAAGGAGCUUCUCAAGGCAUGUUCAUAGGAUGCUCCGUUGAUACAUCUACUGGAACAGUUGCCUUCACCUGUGAAGGGAAAGAAACCACCAUCAGAUUCAAAAUGGAACCGGAAACAAAACUAUUCCCAGCUAUAUUUGUAGAAGCGACGUCAAGGGAAAUACUUCAGAUCGAGCUGGGAAGGUCUUCUACCAGUCUUCCUUUGAGUGCAGCAGUAUUGCCCACCAGCGAUAAACACGUUAUACCACAAUUCCCUCCGAGACUAAAAGUGCAGUGUUUGAAGCCACAUCAAUGGGCAAGAGUUCCAAAUCAAUCAUUGCAAGUACACGCACUGAAACUGUCAGAUAUUAGAGGUUGGUCAAUGCUCUGCGAAGAUGCAAUAUCGAUGCUGGCUCUCCAUAUACCAGAGGAAGAUCGAUGCAUAGACAUUUUGGAAUUAAUAGAAAUGGACAAAUUACUCAGUUUCCAUUCACACACGUUAACCCUAUACGCUGCGUUAUGCUAUCAGAGUAACUACAGGGCCGCUCAUGCACUUUGUCAGCACGUGGACCAAAAGCAACUGUUGUAUGCUAUACAAUCACAAUAUAUGUCCGGGCCACUAAGACAAGGAUUCUACGAUUUACUCAUCGCACUGCAUUUGGAAUCACACGCAACUACAAUGGAGGUGUGCAAGAACGAGUUUGUGAUUCCACUGGGUCCCGAAUUGAAGAGUCUGUACGAUGAACCUGAUAUGGGACACAGUCUACGUUCAUUGCAGACAGAGAGUGUACGGCCUCAGAUGAAGAUGACUGAUAUUGCUGAAAGCAUCACGGACAUAAGCAACCUGUACUCGCCAUACUUCCCUCUGGAGGUGGUAAGAGAGUUCGUGAUGCAAGCACUAGCUGAAGCAGUGGACACAAACCAGGUGCACAACAGAGAUCCUGUGGGUGGCAGCAACGAGAAUCUGUUUCUACCUCUAAUCAAACUGGUGGAUCGACUUCUAUUAGUUGGAAUGAUGCGAGACGAGGACGUGGAGAAACUACUCAUCAUGAUCAACCCAGAAACGUGGGACCCCACAUUCGACAAAGAGGGCAAAGAUGAACAUCGCAAAGGUCUAUUGCACAUGAAGAUGGCGGAGGGCGCUAAACUACAGAUGUGUUACUUACUGCAACAUCUCAACGAUAUACAGCUGCGACAUCGUGUUGAAUCUAUCAUAGCAUUUGCUCACGACUUUGUGGGCGACUUGCAGUCCGAUCAGCUCAGACGUUACACUGAAAUCAAACAAUCAGAUUUGCCGAGUGCGGUGGCCGCGAAGAAGACCAGAGAAUUCCGUUGUCCACCCAGGGAACAGAUGAAUGCUAUUCUCAGUUUCAAACAUUUGGAGGAUGAGGAUAAAGAGAAUUGUCCGUGCGGCGAAGAUCUGAUCGCGCGAAUGAAUGACUUCCACGAGUCACUCAUGGUGCACGUGUCACUCAACGCGUUGCAGGAACCGGACGGCACGGAACAAAAUGAACCAGAACAAAAGCCGGGAGCGUUUGGCAAACUUUACAACAUCAUCAAUACGGUCAAGGAAUUAGAGGAAGAGCCUAAGGCCAUAGAAGAACCGCCAAAGAAAAGUCCAGAAGAGAAAUUCCGUAAAGUAUUAAUUCAAACCAUCGUCAAUUGGGCAGAAGAAUCGCAGAUCGAAACACCGAAACUAGUCCGAGAAAUGUUCAGUUUGCUAGUCCGCCAGUACGAUGCGGUGGGUGAAUUGAUACGAGCUUUGGAGAAGACUUACGUGAUCAAUGCGAAGACCAAACUGGACGUGGCGGAAAUGUGGGUGGGGCUCAGUCAGAUAAGAGCGUUACUGCCUGUGCAGAUGAGCCAGGAAGAAGAGGAGCUCAUGAGGAAAAGACUCUGGAAACUUGUGAACAAUCAUACGUUCUUCCAGCAUCCUGACUUGAUACGAGUGUUGCGCGUGCACGAGAACGUGAUGGCGGUGAUGAUGAACACGCUUGGUCGACGUGCGCAAGCGCAGAGUGAUGCUGCCACGCCCGCCCCUCCCACCAACGAAGACAAAGAGAAGGACACGUCUCACGAAAUGGUGGUCGCCUGUUGCCGGUUCCUCUGCUACUUCUGUCGUACCGGCCGUCAGAACCAGAAGGCUAUGUUCGAUCAUUUCGACUUCCUGCUCGAGAACUCCAACAUUUUGUUGUCCAGACCUUCACUCAGAGGCUCCACGCCCUUAGACGUAGCUUACUCCAGUCUCAUGGAAAACACAGAACUAGCAUUAGCUUUGAGAGAGCAUUAUUUAGAGAAGAUAGCGGUAUACCUGUCACGUUGUGGACUGCAGAGCAACUCUGAGCUGGUGGAGAAGGGUUACCCAGAUCUCGGCUGGGACCCAGUGGAAGGGGAGAGAUACCUGGACUUCUUGCGGUUCUGUGUUUGGGUGAAUGGCGAGAGCGUGGAGGAAAACGCCAACCUGGUGAUCCGGCUAUUGAUCCGAAGGCCGGAAUGUCUCGGACCCGCGUUACGAGGAGAGGGCGAAGGCCUAUUGAAGGCCAUCGUAGACGCUAACAAGAUGAGCGAGAGGAUCGCGGAUCGGAGGAAACUGAGGGAGAUGGAGCAGGAAGGAGACAUCAAUUUCAGCCACCCGUUGCCAGAGAGUGACGAAGAUGAAGACUACAUAGAUACUGGAGCAGCUAUACUCAACUUCUACUGUACUCUUGUAGAUCUGCUUGGCAGAUGCGCGCCUGAAGCUAGCGUCAUAGCACUGGGCAAAAAUGAAUCUUUAAGAGCACGAGCCAUUUUACGUUCCUUAGUACCUUUAGAGGAUCUUCAAGGAGUGCUGAGUCUUCGUUUCACUCUAAACAAUCCUGCUGCUGGAGAGGAAAGACCGAAAUCAGACAUGCCAUCUGGCCUCAUACCGGGUCACAAGCAGAGUGUGGGUUUGUUCCUCGAACGAGUGUAUGGCAUAGAGACACAGGAGCUGUUCUAUAGACUGCUAGAAGAAGCCUUCUUACCGGAUUUGAGAGCGGCAACCAUGUUGGAUAGGAAUGAUGGAUGCGAGUCAGAUAUGGCGCUUUCUAUGAAUCGAUACAUCGGCAACUCUAUUCUUCCUCUACUCAUCAAACACGCGAAUUUCUACAAUGAAGCGGAAAACUACGCCAGCUUAUUGGACGCCACGCUGCAUACUGUAUACAGGUUGUCGAAGAAUCGUAUGUUGACUAAAGGUCAACGUGAAGCUGUAUCAGAUUUCCUAGUGGCGUUAACAUCGGCAAUGCAACCCUCCAUGUUGCUCAAACUGCUUAGGAAGCUUACAGUGGAUGUUUCCAGGCUGUCAGAGUACACCACCGUCGCUUUGAGGCUUCUAACGUUACAUUACGAGAGAUGCGCAAAAUAUUACGGCAGUACCGGCGGGCAGGGAAUAUAUGGCGCCUCGUCUGACGAGGAGAAGCGUCUCACCAUGAUGCUGUUCUCCAACAUCUUCGACUCACUCAGCAAGAUGGACUAUGAGCCUGAACUGUUCGGGAAGGCGUUGCCUUGUCUUAUAGCUAUCGGUUGUGCUCUACCACCUGACUAUUCUCUAUCGAAGAACUACGAUGAUGAAUUCUACGCUAAAGAAUCACAAUCCAGUGGUGGUCCAGAUAAUCCGCAAUAUGAUCCGCAACCGAUAAAUACAUCGUCCGUUGCUCUCAACAAUGACCUCAACACUAUAGUUCAGAAGUUCUCUGAACACUACCACGAUGCUUGGGCUUCAAGAAAAAUCGAAAACGGUUGGGUCUACGGAGAGUCAUGGUCUGACAGCCAGAAGUCACAUCCUAGACUGAAACCUUACAACAUGCUGAAUGACUAUGAAAAGGAACGUUACAAAGAACCGGUUAGGGAAUCUUUGAAGGCUCUACUUGCUAUUGGUUGGUCAGUUGAGCAUUCAGAAGUGGAUAUUCCCAGCACUAAUCGUAGUUCUAUGCGGCGACAGUCCAAGUCAGGAGGCACGGACUCAGCCACGCCAUUCAACUAUAAUCCACAUCCAGUUGAUAUGACUAACUUGACUUUAUCGAGAGAGAUGCAAAAUAUGGCGGAAAGAUUAGCUGAGAAUGCCCACGACAUCUGGGCGAAGAAGAAGAAGGAAGAAUUGGUUAUAAAUGGGGGAGGUAUACAUCCACAACUGGUACCAUACGACCUUCUUACCGACAAAGAGAAGAAAAAGGACAGGGAACGCUCUCAGGAAUUCCUUAAAUACCUCCAAUACCAAGGAUACAAAUUGCACAGACCGAGUAAAGCGUCACAAGUUGAUACAGAACAAACCACUACCGGUGUAGCAAUAGAGCUCAGAUUCGCUUACUCGCUACUGGAGAAACUUAUUCAAUACAUCGAUAGGGCGACCAUAAAUAUGAAACUGUUGAAGCCGUCUACCACUUUCAGCCGGAGAACCAGUUUCAAGACUAGUACCAGAGACAUCAAGUUCUUUUCUAAGGUGGUGUUACCUCUGAUGGAGAAGUACUUCUCAACUCAUCGUAAUUACUUCAUAGCUGUAGCUACGGCCACAAAUAACAUAGGUGCGGCCAGUUUGAAAGAAAAAGAAAUGGUGGCAGCACUGUUUUGCAAGCUCGCCAGUUUACUGAGAUCACGAUUGGCAGCCUUCGGUCCCGACGUGAGGAUCACCGUCCGAUGUCUCCAAGUGUUAGUGAAGGGUAUCGACGCCAAGUCCCUAGUGAAGAACUGCCCCGAAUUCAUCCGAACAUCCAUGCUGACCUUCUUCAAUAAUGUCGCUGACGAUUUAGGGCAUACUAUAUUAAAUUUGCAAGAGGGUAAAUAUGCACAUUUGAGAGGCACCCACCUGAAGACGUCUACGUCCCUCGGUUAUAUCAACGGCGUGCUAUUGCCCAUACUUACUGCUAUGUUCGAUCAUCUAGCCAACUGCGAGUACGGAGCCGAUUUACUAUUGGACGAAAUUCAGGUGGCAUCAUACAAGAUGUUGGGUUCCUUAUAUACUCUGGGCACAGACACUACUCUUACACAUGAUAGAAAAUACCUCAAGACUGAAAUUGAAAGGAAUAAGCCUGCGUUGGGUUCUUGUCUCGGGGCGUUCAGUUCGACGUUCCCCGUGGCGUUCCUGGAGCCGCAUUUGAAUAAACACAACCAAUUUUCACUUCUGAACCGUAUCGCUGAUCAUUCGUUAGAAGCUCAAGAUAUAAUGGCUAAAAUGGAGCAAUCGAUGCCAACUCUAGAGACUAUACUGAGUGAAGUAGAUCAGUUUGUGGAAUCAGACAAAACUUAUAAUGAAGCUCCAUAUAUAAUAGAUGUUAUCUUACCGCUAUUGUGCUCCUACCUUCCCUUCUGGUGGGCACAAGGACCUGACAAUGUGACGCCUACAGCUGGUAAUCACGUGACAAUGGUCACCGCGGAACACAUGAAUCAACUCCUCAAGAACGUCCUGAAGUUGAUCAAAAAGAAUAUCGGUAACGAGAGUGCACCAUGGAUGACACGUAUCGCUACUUAUACUCAGCAGAUAAUAAUCAAUAGUUCAGAAGAAUUGCUGAGAGAUUCCUUCUUGCCUUUAGCAGAAAGAGUCAGGAAGAGAACGGAUAAUAUGUUUCAUAAGGAAGAGAGCUUGAGAGGAUUUAUCAAGUCUUCAACGGACGAUACAUCGCAAGUGGAAUCUCAAAUACAAGAAGACUGGCAACUUUUAGUAAGAGACAUAUACUCUUUCUAUCCGCUCCUCAUCAAAUACGUGGACCUGCAGAGGAAUCACUGGUUAAGAAAUAACAUCACAGAGGCCGAAGAGCUCUAUAAUCAUGUGGCGGAAAUAUUCAACAUCUGGUCCAAGAGUCAGUACUUCCUUAAAGAAGAACAGAACUUCAUUUCAGCCAACGAAAUAGACAACAUGGUGUUAAUAAUGCCGACGGCUACACGUCGUGUCACUACUGUAGUGGACGGAGCUCCGCAAGGAGGUGGCAAGAAAAAGAAAAAACACCGUGACAAGAAACGCGAUAAAGAUAAGGAAGUGCAAGCGUCCCUGAUGGUGGCCUGUCUGAAGAGGCUGCUUCCUGUGGGACUCAAUUUGUUCGCCGGCAGGGAACAAGAAUUGGUGCAACACUGUAAAGACCGUUUCCUUAAGAAAAUGUCCGAGCAAGACGUGGCGGAAUUCGCUAAAACUCAACUGACACUUCCGGACAAGAUAGAUCCAGGAGACGAGAUGUCCUGGCAACACUACCUCUACAGCAAGCUGGGCUCUAAAUCCAAGACUAACAUUACCAUAGAGACUGCUGAGAACAAAGCAAAGAUUAUAGACGACACCGUAGAGAGGAUAGUGGCUAUGAGCAAAGUGUUAUUCGGAUUACAUAUGAUCGAUCAUCCCCAACAAAUGUUUAAGAACGUUUACCGAUCGGUGGUAUCGAUACAAAGGAAGCGAGCGGUCAUAGCGUGCUUCAGACAAACCUCGCUCCACUCUUUGCCAAGGCAUCGUGCGUGCAAUAUAUUUGCGAGAACUUACUACGAACUUUGGUUGGAAGAAGAGAACGUCGGUCAAGAAGUCAUGAUAGAAGAUCUUACUCAAUCAUUCGAAGAUGCGGAGUUGAAGAAGAGUGACGUAGUGGAAGAGGAAGGGAAGCCAGAUCCGCUGACACAGCUGGUCACCACAUUCUGCCGCGGCGCCAUGACCGAACGAUCGGGUGCACUGCAGGAGGAUCUCUUAUACAUGUCAUACGCUAAUAUAAUCGCCAAGUCUUGUGGAGAAGAAGAGGAAGAAGGUGGCGGCGAAGAAGAAGAGGGUGGUGGUGAAGCAGAGGGUGAGGAAGAAGGAAGAGCUAGUAUCCAUGAACAAGAAAUGGAGAAACAAAAGUUAUUGUUCCACCAAGCUCGUCUCGCCGACAGAGGUGUGGCAGAAAUGGUACUGUUACACAUAUCUGCAUCGAAGGGGGUUCCCAGUGAGAUGGUGAUGAAGACCCUCGAGUUGGGUAUAUCGAUCCUGAGAGGGGGUAAUAUUGAUAUACAAAUGGGUAUGCUCAAUCACCUGAAGGAUAAGAAGGACGUGGGAUUCUUUACAUCUAUCGCCGGCCUCAUGAAUUCCUGCUCGGUACUCGAUCUGGACGCAUUCGAGAGAAACACCAAGGCUGAAGGUUUGGGCGUAGGAUUGGAGGGUGCUGCGGGCGAGAAGAAUAUGCAUGACGCCGAAUUCACCUGUGCUCUAUUCAGAUUCAUACAGCUGACUUGUGAAGGACACAACUUGGAAUGGCAGAACUAUCUCCGUACUCAAGCUGGUAAUACUACAACAGUGAAUGUGGUCAUUUGUACCGUGGACUAUCUGCUACGACUACAGGAAUCAAUCAUGGACUUCUAUUGGCAUUACUCGAGCAAGGAGUUAAUAGACCCGGCGGGCAAAGCCAACUUCUUCAAAGCCAUCGGCGUGGCGUCACAGGUUUUCAACACCCUCACUGAAGUAAUUCAAGGUCCCUGCACACAGAAUCAACAAGCUCUGGCACAUUCCAGGUUAUGGGACGCGGUGGGCGGUUUCCUGUUCUUAUUCUCCCAUAUGCAGGACAAAUUGUCCAAGCAUUCCUCACAAGUGGACUUGCUUAAGGAACUCCUCAAUCUGCAGAAGGAUAUGAUCACCAUGAUGCUCUCUAUGCUUGAAGGAAACGUUGUCAAUGGUACCAUCGGUAAACAGAUGGUGGACACACUAGUAGAAUCUGCGUCUAACGUAGAGUUGAUCCUCAAGUAUUUCGACAUGUUCCUGAAGCUGAAGGACCUCACAUCCAGCGCCAGUUUCCAGGAGAUAGACGCCAAUAACGACGGAUGGGUACUACCCAAAGAUUUCAAAGAGAAGAUGGAACAACAGAAGAGUUAUACACCAGAGGAGAUAGAGUUCCUGUUGGCUUGUUGCGAGACGAAUCACGACGGCAAACUGGACUACAUCGGGUUCUGUGAUCGAUUCCACGAGCCCGCGAAAGAGAUAGGCUUCAAUCUCGCCGUCCUGCUCACUAACCUAUCCGAACAUAUGCCGAAUGAACCCAGGUUGGCUCGUUUCUUGGAGACUGCAGGAUCAGUCCUGAACUAUUUUGAGCCAUUUUUGGGUCGUAUCGAGAUCAUGGGCGGCUCUAAGCGUAUUGAGAGGGUGUACUUCGAGAUCAAGGAGUCCAACAUUGAGCAAUGGGAGAAACCACAGAUUAAGGAAUCGAAACGCGCGUUCUUCUACAGCAUCGUGACAGAAGGCGGUGAUAAAGAGAAAUUGGAAGCGUUCGUGAACUUCUGCGAGGAUGCGAUAUUCGAAAUGACUCAUGCAUCCAGUCUAAUGGCGGCGUCAGAAGAAUCCGCUGGCGGACCAAAGAAUAGAGAAGCUAGCUAUAUGUACAUGGGAGAUGAUGAUGACGACAGAGCCGGCAAAGAUCCCUUCCGUCGAGGUUUGCAGUCUGUGAAAGAUGGCAUCUCAACAGCAUUCUCAUCUUUAUCGCCGUCUAAUAUAAAACAAAAGAUCGCUGACAUGCAACAAAUGCCCCCGGCCGAAUUGGCCGUUGGAUUCUUCAAGAUGUUCUUCUAUCUGUUCUACUAUUUAGGAUAUGGUGUUCUUGUUGUCAUCAGGUAUAUUUUCGGCGUACUGCUCGGUCUGAUGAGAGGUCCGCAAACCGAGGAACUGCCGCCGGAGCCGACUGAGGAGGAGAAAAUCGGUCAGUUGAGGCACAGGUUGAUCGCGAAUCAAAGUCCAUCAAGACACUUGCCCGCGUUACCACCAACGGAUGAUACUGGACAAAUGCAAGUGCAAGCUUUCGGUCUAGAUAUCACCAAAGAAGACAACGGCCAGAUACAAGUGAAACCUCACGAGUCUCCGAGCACGUCCACUCCAUCAUCAGGCGAGGAAGCUGACGUUUCCCUGGAAGAGGGAACAGAUCAUUCUGAAGACCAACGACCGCCCUCACUUAUAGAUCUACUAGGCGGUGAACAAGCCAAGAAACAAGCACAAGAACGCAUGGAAGCUCAAGCGGCACAACAAGCUGCCAUGUCCGCCAUCGAAGCUGAGAGUAAGAAGGCGGUCCAAGUCCCCGCUCCGUCUGCGUUGUCGCAAGUAGAUCUGUCUCAGUACACGAAGCGCGCUGUCUCUUUCUUAGCGAGGAACUUCUACAACCUCAAGUACGUCGCUUUGGUCCUGGCCUUCUGUAUAAACUUCGUCCUGCUGUUUUAUAAGGUGUCGUCAUUGGACGGUGAUGACGGUGACGGAUCAGGUGUUGGCGACAUCAUAGGUGCAUCUGGAUCCGGCUCUGGCUCCGGUAGUGGGGAUGGUGGCAGCGGUGAAUCGGGCGAAGACGAGGAGAGUUUGGAAGUGGUGCACAUAGAUGAGGACUUCUUCUACAUGGAGCAUGUGAUCAAAGUAGCGGCCAUGUUGCAUUCUAUCGUGUCUCUGGCUAUACUAAUCGGAUACUAUCAUCUUAAGGUGCCUCUGGCUAUCUUUAAACGCGAGAAAGAGAUUGCGCGCAAGUUGGAGUUCGAUGGCCUGUAUAUUGCUGAACAACCUGAAGACGAUGAUCUGAAGAGCCAUUGGGAUAAGCUCGUCAUAUCCGCCAAAUCGUUCCCGGUGAAUUACUGGGAUAAGUUUGUAAAGAAGAAAGUGCGUGCUAAAUAUUCGGAGACUUACGAUUUCGAUUCAAUAUCUAACAUGUUGGGUAUGGAGAAGACUUCCUUUUCUGCGCAGGAGGAAGAGGGAAGCAAAGGAUUGCUGCAAUUCAUUAUGACCAUAGAUUGGCGUUACCAAGUGUGGAAAGCGGGCGUUACUAUAACGGAUAACUCUUUCCUCUACUCUCUAUGGUACUUCUCGUUCUCUGUGAUGGGCAACUUCAACAAUUUCUUCUUCGCCGCCCAUUUGUUGGACGUCGCGGUCGGAUUCAAAACACUGAGAACCAUUUUGCAAUCUGUCACACAUAACGGGAAGCAGCUGGUGUUGACCGUCAUGUUGCUGACUAUCAUAGUGUACAUAUACACGGUGAUAGCGUUCAACUUCUUCCGCAAGUUCUACGUACAGGAGGAGGACGACGAAGUCAACAGGAACUGCCACGAUAUGCUCACGUGCUUCGUAUUCAACUUAUACAAGGGAGUACGCGCGGGCGGUGGUAUAGGUGAUGAGUUGGAACCACCAGAUGGUGACGAUUCAGAAGUCUACCGCAUCAUAUUCGACAUAUCAUUCUUCUUCUUCAUCAUCGUUAUCCUGCUCGCCAUCUUGCAGGGUUUGAUCAUCGACGCGUUCGGUGAACUCCGUGAUCAGCUGGAGUCCGUGAAGGAGGACAUGGAGUCGAACUGCUUCAUAUGCGGAAUAAAUAAAGACUACUUUGAUAAGGUUCCACACGGGUUCGAUACUCAUGUUGCGCGGGAGCAUAAUUUAGCAAAUUACAUGUUCUUCCUUAUGCAUCUCAUCAACAAGCCAGACACAGAGUAUACAGGUCAAGAAACUUACGUUUGGAACAUGUACACGCAACGAUGCUGGGACUUCUUCCCUGUGGGAGACUGCUUUAGAAAACAAUAUGAAGACGUCAUGGGGGAAUAAUGUGAUCAAUAUGUCUAUGAGAUUUAAUAUCAAUCCAUAUUAAUCGAUAUUUUCAAUAAUUCAUUAGUUCUAAAAUGGCACGAUUUAUAUUUUUACAGAAUUGUUGUAGUUAGUGCAUUAUUAAAAGGCGCCCCUUUUUUAUUAUUGCAAUAAAUUUCAAUAUUUAUCGAUUGAUUUAUCUAUAUUAUUACAUCACUAGCAAAACUAUAGGAAUAUAUUACAGAGCCUAAUUUUGAAUGCCUUAUUUUAUGAAUCUUUAUGAUGAUUAAAAUACUUGUUUAUAUUCAAAAAUAAAUUGUAAUAAUAAAUAUUAAAUCUCAUAGCGAUAAUAUUUUCAAAUAAAUUCGCUUGAAUUCUACAAAAUUCUGCUCAAAAUAACACCAAAUAAUUAUGACUUUAAAAAGUUUAGAAUAAUAAUGUAAGUUCAAAUGGUUUGUACAAAAUGAAUGUUUUUGCGAUGUAAAGAAUACAAUUAUAUAUCUAUAUCUGUAAUUCCGCUUCCGUCAUUUGAAUA